AUGACGCUGUCAAUCUUUUCGACAUUUCGAGGGGCAGAAGCUGCAUCGGACGAUGGUACACUGCUGCAACCUCGAUUUGUGCCUGGCGCUGGCGAGCUUCCGCUCGGUGUCGAGCGAUUACGCCCCGACGCGCUGUCCCAGCUCAAUCCGUACCGACCACCACCGCAUUUGCGGUCCGUAUACGAGCGUCAGCCUGCGCUCAGGUCAAGCGAUGAACGAGAUUGGGUACGAGGAUGGACUGAAGCUGAUGCGGCGCAAGGUCGAGGGCUUGCGGAGAGGGACGCGUCCGACGUGACGCCGUCUGGCUCUGCGGACAAUCUGGUCGACGUCGGCAUCACUCAGCCUCAGUCUUGCGCGCCUUUGAACAUCACUUUUGAUCCUUCCAAAGGCAAGCCUCCAUAUACGGUGCACAUUGCCUUUUCCGAGUGGUAUCCAUACAUCUUUUCGGGUGAGUGAACAGCAAAAGUGGUGCCCUUGCAGAGCCAAGGCCGCGUGCGUUGACCACAGUGACCUCCGCUCGCCCGCAGUGCCAGCUUCUUACUCAGACCCCACGCUCGGUCUCUGGCUGGUACAAUUCAUGGUGCCGAUGUUUCAGCAGGCUGGUGUGCAAGGCCCCACCAAUCCUAACAUGAUCGUCAGUGUCUCUGAUUCGACGGGAGCAAUGACCAACUCCAGCGUCAUCGCACAAGUGAACUCCCCAUCGGCCGGCGUGACUUGUGCAGGCAUUUCGGGAAGUUUGGACUUCAUCUUUUGGAGUGAUCCGUCCCAGACGCAGGUGCGUGUUGAUAUUCAUGUUUGCGUACGCCGAGGUCUCAGAUGCAGUUGAAGUCACGCCGUUGCUGACCUUGGCCUUGCUUCGCAGUGUCUGCCCUUCUCAAUCACAUGGGCGCGUGAGGGUACACAAAAAGGGUGGACUCCUCCACUGGGGCUUUUCUUCUUGCCGGAGCAGACUCCGCCCUUGUAUCUGCCUAUCGCCAACGCAACUGCAGGAGGGCUCAAUUGGACCAUGAUCAUUCCAGCAGGCAAACGCUUCCUCAUGACAAUGUCGGACGCUGGACCGCUGGGAGGUGGAGUUUCCGGACUCAAUACCGUGGGAGGAUCGGAGUAUGCAAAUCAGAACUGUAUAGACAACGCGACGGAGCAGCACAGCUUGCCUAGACCCACGACGACUGUCACGGGUAGCAUGCCAGACUUCACUGCCUCUGUCGCCUCUCUCACGACGGAGAAUGGCAUCGUCGUCACGCAGACGGUGGUGCAGACGGUGCGAAAUGGCAAGGCUUUGAAGGGCGACGAUCCAACUUCGGCCGUGAUCGGUGCGUCUGUGGGUGCAGGUCUAGCUGUAGGUAUCGCUGCAGCGUUCAUCGCAUGGUUUUGCUGGAGGAGAAGGCAAAAGAAACGCACAAACUUGUCUUGGGAUCUUCCGGAUAAUGUCGCAGGUCAACUGAAUCAGACCAACGCUCCGAUGGACAAGAAGUUGCUGCAGCGCAAAGGAGCAGGCGCCACCAUCUUUGCUUCGGCCGGACGUCUCAACAAUCUGUAUCCGACGGGCAACGCGCCUGACCGCAGCAGCCAUGCUAAUAGCAUCCGCGGGAGCUUCAGGUCGCUUGCCAGUAGUGCCUAUGAUCAGAGGUACGAGAGCGGUGAUGCCACUUCUCCGCAAACUUCGGAAGCGCCUGCAUAUCACACUACCUACGCCUCGUCUCCACCUAGCGGUCCUCAGCGGCCAUACUCUGACUUUUCACCCACGCACUCUGACGGCAAUUGGCCCUUGAGCCGACCUGCAGCUGCGGUGGCUGGUGCCGCGGACGGACAGGAGGUGCUCAUCGGAGAAGAUUCGCCGCCCUCGGCGACACCCUCCUCGAGGGGCUUCCAAGGCUCGAGGAGGGAAAGCGCCUCUUCCGGGUCCGUACGACAAUCGGGCACUGCGUAUCGCUCGCCCUUUUCGCCCACUGCCACCUAUCCCCACGACGCGGCUUCGCAUGGUGCUGGCUACGAGGAGGUACCCAUGAGUGAGCCCAUGUAUCACAGCUCCAGCAUGUCGUAUCAUGGUCACUCUAGCGGUUCUUCGUACGCCAUGACGCGCCAGGCAAGCGCUGGAUCUUCAGGCAACUCGCCCAUCACCUCUAUGGCGGCGCCUAGUCAGACACGGCCCGCAGCUGCAGGAAGCAGCACGUUGCCGUCCGUCCCACAAGGCUUCGUUCAGCAUUCGGACGCUGGUCUAUUGUUGGACGAUACGAUGGACGAGGAGGAAAAUCAGAGGAGAGGAAACGGAAUGAUUGAGCUUCCACCUCAGUACGAUGCCGUGCCGCCUCGCGCGCCGCAGCACGGGCGAUCCAGCACUUCUGGCUCGAACCCGCCAUCUGGACCCUCUUCGGGUUCAGGCACGUACCAGAGCACCUCUUCGAGAGGCGGUGCAAGAGGAAGCGGCAGCGGCACCAAUGGCUCGCAGCAGCAGCUACUUGGACGAUCGCCGCUCAGCCAACGUUUACCCGAAGGAGAUAUUUCCACAGCGAACCAGCCCUUUGCGGCGGACUUGCUUGAUGAAGGCGUCGACGAGGAUGAAUUUUGGAGAGCGUCAUGA